AUGGACGCGUCAACAGGAGCAGGAGGUCCCUUGAAUCUUCAUGUAUCUGAAGAUGGGCUAUAUGCUGCCCAUGUGAGCGGCAAGGGCCUGAUUGUCCAUUCAAAUGCAGCUUCAGAGCACAAGGAAGUCCAGAUCGCAAGGAUCAAAGAGACUGGGCUCAAGUUUCUCAAAUAUUCUCGUCCACAAACCGCCCCUGGCGCUUUGAAUAAUGAGGAUUUAUCCCGUCGGCGUCUUCUAUCUGCCAACGAUACCCGAAUUUCAGUCUGGCAGCUCAAUCCACUGGAGAUAUUUGCCGAGAUCGAAAGUGUCGAACCCGGGGCAUUGGCUGUGGAAUUUGGCGCCGAUGAAAGUGAAGUGCUAGUGUUUCACUCCUGGAACACCAAGUUGAGCAUCUACUCGUUAGAAACGGGCCGCUGUUCGGUGAUCAAAUCCCCAAAACUCGCCCAUCAUCUUGGGUUCGGUUAUCGACCGAAAACCAAGCAAUUAGCCAUUCUCCUAAAGCCAGAAACUUCAGAUCUACUGACUGUCCAUGAACCCCGGUCCUACGACCUCCUCAAUCGAACUGUGCUCCCAACUAUCGAUGCCCAGGGCCUGAAAUGGAGUCCGGACGGGAAAUGGAUUGCUGUCUGGGAUAUUGCUAGUGCAGGUACAAAGGUGGUGAUUUUCACGGCCGACGGCCAGCUUUUCAGAACCUACUCUGGACCAUCUGGAGUAGACGACAGCUUUGAUUUAGGGGUUAAACAGAUCGAAUGGAGCCCUGCCAAUCCCCAAAUAGGUGUCUCUGAGACCCUGGCUGUUGGAAAAGUAAACGGCAAUAUUGACUUGCUUCGAGCCCGUACCUUCUCUUCCGCUACAACCCUCUCACACAUUUUCCCAGCCGACCAGCAAGCUCCCACUAUCUGGCGGGAGAGAUACGUCAACGCAGAUGGGGACGCCGAAUACGCCGAGGCAUCCAGCUCUUCUGCGCUCAGCAUGAGUCCUGAGUCAGCAGGGUCACCACGGGGUGUCUUGGCCAUGGCUUUCAGCCCUGACGGACUUCUGCUAGCGACUGUCGAUACUAUGCGGCAGAAUGUUGUUUGGAUUUGGUCGCUCGAGGGCACUCCAAAACUUGCGUCUGCUCUGGUCCACGAGCAACAUGUUCGACAGAUUGUCUGGCAUCCUUCGACGCCACAACUCUUGAUCAAUACCAUCACGAACACCUUGCCUGCUAUCCGGUGGUGGUCAUCACAGGAUCAUCCCGUUAUUGCUCGGGUUCCCGUUGAGCGGAGCGAGAGUGGGAAGUAUGAUGUGAGGUGGGAAGGGUCUGAUGCUGAUUCAGCUUUUUGGUUUGGGUCUACGGAAGAAUAUGUCAUUGGAUAUCUCUCUGCUGGAGACUGCGGUGUUGAGUUUGAAUUGUUGAACUCGUACUGA